AAAUAGUGGAGUUUCAAAAAAUAGUGGGUAGCCUGAUUGAACUCGUCGAUCAGCUGGCAAAAGCUGCAGAAAGGGAGAAGAUGAAGGCCAUCGGUGCACGAAAUUUGCUGAAGUCUAUAGCAAAGCAAAGGGAAGCUCAGGAACAGCAACUUCAGGCUUUAAUAGCUGAGAAAAAGAUGCAGCUGGAAAGAUACCGAAUAGAGUAUGAGACUCUCUGUAAAAUCGAAGCAGACCAGAACGAAUUCAUUGACCAAUUCAUUUUUCAGAAAUAGAGGAUUUUAAGAUAAAACCAAACUAACUUGGAAACUUGACCAUUCCAGAAUCUUGAGAAUUCCAAAAAUAUGCAAUUUUUUCACUGUGUAUGAAUGAAGAGAUGGUUUGUACAAAUGAAAGUGUCUUUUAAUUCGGUGUGAAUUACACUAAAAGUGGCAAUAAGCAGGGCUUGCUAGCAGAUGUAAUGACUGUUCUGUCCUUUGAUUUUAUAAAAAUUUUGUACAGUCAGUAGUUCCAAUUCAAAUUAUAAUUGAAUUAAUACUACUGUUGCUAUGUCUCUCACUUUUUGAAGUGUACAGCUCUUUCAAAGAAAUUGGGAAAUAAAUUAUUGUUUUCAGACUUU